CUUUUUUUUCUCUCUUCUUCUUCUACCUUUAUAAUCUCAUAAUAAUUUCAUAAUUUCAUAAUAAUUUCAUAUAAUUAAUAUUAAAAUUGAUUAUAUAUUCUUAUUAAUACUAUAUUAUUUAGUAGUACAUACUAUAUAUUAUUAUAAUUUAUAAUUUAUAUUUCCCAUCUUUUUUCUUGGGAUUUUUUCCAUACAAUUAAUACAUUUCACUGCCUUCCUUCAAGUUCUAUCAGUUGAACCUCAUUUUUUUUUCUUUCUCUCUCUUCCUACAUAAUUUAAUUAAGCUUUAAAGAGAACCUCAUCAAACCUAUAUAUCUCUCUCCUUCUUCAAUUCUUUUUUCUAUAUAAUGUCCUUUCAACUUGAAAACUCACAUCCUCAACCAAAAAAUUAUAAACCCUUUGUUAGUACUACUAACAUACUUGGAGAUGAUGUUUUAGUCUCUAAAGGUAUCCCCAUCACCCUUGAUCUCUUCGGGAUCAAACAAUCUCCACCUCGGAUCAAAUUCCAACACGAUCGUUGCCCUGUUUUUAAACAGGGCACUUUCCCUGACUCUAAGAGUAAUCAAAAAAGGUACUUGGAGGAUCAUAAUAAACUAAGUGACGAGACGAUGAGUAAAAGAAACAACAACAUGCCUAAGUUGGACUUGAAGUUAAAUUUGUCACCACCAAGCUCAAGGAUGAGGAGGGCGGAAUCGCCUAGUCGAUCAGCGUCGGUAUCGCCACCGAGCUCGUGUGUGUCGUCAGAGAUAUCGAUGAACAGCCCGGAAACGACAUCGAUGGUGUUAGUAGGGUGUCCAAGGUGCUUAAUGUACGUCAUGCUAUCCGAGGAGGAUCCCAAGUGCCCAAAAUGCAAGAGUACGGUGUUGCUUGAUUUCAUGCAUGACAACAACGACAAUAAUAAUAACAACAACAAUAACAACAAUAAUAGUAGUGGCUCUAAGAAGACGAGGAAGAACUAAAUUAGAAUGAAAAAUAAAGACUUUGUUCUUUUUUUAAAAUUUUAUUCUUAUUAGCUUUGUUUUUAGUAAGUAGAAGUAUAAUUCUGGUGUACGUUAACUAAUUUACUUAUUUUAACCUUUUGAUUUUUAGUUGUAGGAAACUUCGUGUUAUUGUCUUCAUUUAGCCAUGCACCAGAAUAUUAGCAAUUAAAAAAUUGUGUUACUUAGAUAUGUAAUGUAAUGAUGAUCAUUUGGUACAUCUAUCAGCAACUUCUAAUUAAUAAAUUUAGGUUAAGAAUUGUGACAUGAUCACAUCUGACCCACAUUAUUA